AUGACAUUCUUCACUCACAUGACGUUUUCUGGGGUUUUUCAUUGUCUUUUUGUUGUUGUUUUACUUAAAAAAAAAAAGAAAGAGAAAGAGAGAGAGAGAGCGCGAGAAAAGGCCCAGAGCCGGAGCACCAAGCGUAAAGGAGGCAGCUGGUGGCUUUGUCAGCGACGGGAACGCGUGGGGCAGAGACCAGCAGAGACCCUGGGCAGGGGUCCCGGAGGACUCUGGGACCGUUUGUUCCUGAGAUUUGUGUGUGUGAAUGAGAGUGUGUGCACACCUGGGGGGGUGGACACACGCCGGUGA